AUGCCUCCAAAGAAAGGGAAGAAGAAGGGAGGAAAGAAGAAAGAGAGCGCUGAGGCACUUCGCCUGAAGCAGCUGUAUGCACUGGAGAGUGAGGCGGAGGAACUUCAAAAGCGUGAAAAUGACCGCCGUGAUCGAGAAGAACAGGAGGAGCGUCUCAUUUUGUGGAAGGAGGA